UGAUAAUCCACCGCCGAGAGAAGCGAAGCCGAGGUGUGAGCAGAGCGAGAGGAAAACCUCCGAUUAUUGAUAUUUGUAAAAGUUUGGACGCGUCAUUGAUCAGGCGGAGGUUGAGGAGACGGACAGGCGCGCGGCGGGCUCUUCGCCCCACUUCUGGCUUCAGACAUGGACGCUUUGAAAUCCGCUGGAAGGGCGAUCAUCCGGAGCCCGAGCAUUGCUAAACAGUCGUGGGGAGCAGGCAGACAUAAAAAGCUUUCAGAGAACUGGACGGACACGAGGGAGACCCUGGUGGAGGGCAUGGUGUUUCACCUCAAAUACCUGGGGGUGACGAUGGUGGAGCAGCCCAAAGGGGAGGAGCUUUCCGCUGCCGCCGUCAAGAGGAUAGUUGCCACGGCCAAAGCCAGUGGGAAGAAGCUCCAGAAAGUCACGCUAACGGUCUCGCCGCGUGGAAUCAUCCUUUACGACAGUGCCUCAAACCAGCUGAUAGAAAAUGUCUCCAUAUACAGAAUAUCGUAUUGCACUGCCGACAAGAUGCACGACAAAGUGUUUGCCUACAUCGUCCAGAACCAGCACAACGAGACCCUCGAGUGCCACGCCUACCUCUGCUCAAAGAGAAAAAUGGCGCAGGCCGUCACUCUGACAGUCGCUCAGGCUUUCAGAGUGGCGUUUGAGUUCUGGCAAGCCACCAAGGAAGAGAAAGAGAAGCGAGUAAAACCCAACUCGGACGUGGAAGGAGCCAGCAGCUCUCAGUCGGACAGCUCCACCAGCCUGGGCAGCUCGAAGGGAGGAGAUGUAGCCACUGGGACUCUCCUGGAGUUGGCAGAGGGAGCCAAAGCAGCACAGACCCACUCAGGAACAAAGCAGACAGAAUCGGAUCCCUUUGCAGUGCAUAAUCACGCGGCAGAGAACAACAAUACCGUUUGGGAACUGGAGGACGGUUUGGACGAAGCGUUUUCAAGCCGCAGUCUGGAUAGCUUUGAAUCCUACUCAGACUCGCUGAGUCUCGCACUAACCCCCAGGUCCUGGACAUUGGGGUAAAUCCUCAGGACUUGAACAACGAAGAGUGCCUCUCCCCGGGCAAAUGGGACCAAGACGAGACAGACUCAGCUGCACAAAAAGACACAUUUGAGUUCUAACCUGAAGCCUCUGCCAAGAAGAAGAAGGGAAAACCAGGAAAAAAA